CGGAUCCGGACAACCUUGGAUUUGUAAAUGAGUAUGUUACACGGGCCGUUUGUGAGUCGGUUCAAUCCACAAUCGUCUUUUGAAGACCAAAUUUGAUGGUUUAGUCAAACCAAAACAAGAAUCGAAGUUGGCGAAAUAUCCAAAUAUCUUCUGGUACAACAUGGGCAGACAGUGAAUGGUCCAUUUCGCAGCUGAAAUGUCUCUGACAAAGAUCACACGUCUCCCCUCAGCGAGGCUGCUGAGCUCCGUCCACCAGCGCCAGCAGCUGCUCCUCGACUCCAUCACUCCGCUCACUGUGCCCGCAAGAGCUGUGAUGCAGGGCGAAUACAGACGCCCCGGCAAGCCCAAAGAAGACAAGUUUCCAUGGCAGAAGAUUAAUUUCGACCUCUCAAAGGGUUUGGAGGGGAUAAAGAAGCACAUCACUCUGCUGACAAAGGAGUUUUCUGAACGCUGGGUUGGUCCACAGGGCAAACCGAUCCUUGAGCACAUGUUGGAGCAGAACCAAGUGAUAUGGGAGUUCAGAGGCCCAGAGUGCCUGAAGCAGUGGACGCUGUCCUCAGACCAUGAGAUAGGAGGCCAAAGUGAGGUUCACCUGAAGCUUGGCAAAAACAAUAACACCUGUUUUCUGUAUGGGACUCUGAACUGUACUCCUCCACGGGACGGGGAAACACGCUACAGCGGCUACUGCACCAUGCGCUCACAGCAGCUGCUGGCUUCAUUUGAUAGAAAAAAACACUACGAUUGGACCAGCUUCAACACCCUGCAUUUGCGUGUGCGUGGCGAUGGCCGUCCAUGGAUGAUCACCAUUGCAACCGAGACGUACUUCUCUCACCAGAAAGAUGACAUGUACUGUUAUUUCCUGUAUACCAGGGGAGGACCCUACUGGCAAGAUGUCAAGAUUCCUUUCUCCAAGUUCUUCCUCACAAAUCGUGGGAGGAUACAGGACGAUCAGCAUCCUGUCUGGCUGGACAAGGUAAACACCAUUGGAUUUACCUUGGGAGAUAAAGCUGAAGGUCCCUUCCAGCUGGAGAUUGACUUCAUUGGUGUCUGCAAAGAUUACGCACACACUGAGGAGUUUGCUUAUGAGGUGUACAAGAGGAAUCCCGAAGUCUGAGAGGCAGAUUGAAGACAAACUGUUAUUGAAUAAUUGCUGCAUUAUACGGAAACCCUCCACUUUCUUGUGGUAGACCAUCAGUUACACGGCAUCAAUUAAUCUUGGUAAUGCUUCCUGAUAAUUCAUGUCUGGAUUCUUGGACUUCUACUUUGACACUUCAGUGACUGUGAGCCAUUUUAUACCUGCAGAACUUGGAUAAAAACCUGACAGAAGUUGUGUUUCUGGUCAUAAAAAUAAGCAAAUGUGAUUAAAUUGUUAAUUUUAGUCACAUGUAGUUUACUUCGCUCAUUUUAGUGUGUAAUUUCCCCCCCAAAAAAGACACAUUGGAACCAAUCAACAUAUUCCAUCACUGAGAACAGAGCAGGAAGAAGGAAAAACUUAUAUUUACCUGCACUCUCCCUAAUAACAUUAAUAAAUAACUUUUUUUUGUUCUGCCUACUCAAAUCCAAUCAGUAAGAGUCAUUUUAGCUUAAAAACUGCAAUUUCAUAAUGUUCCAUUAUUUUUCCUGUAUGAAUUUUCUUAAAUAUUUGAGCAAUAUUUUAAGUCAUCAUCCAGAGAAUUCCAGUUUCUCUCCAUAUACUGAAAUGCUUUAUGAACAUGGACUUCUGACUUCCUUCUAUGAUCCUCAUUUCAACAUCAAAUCACACUUAGGGACAAAAAUUAAGACACAGGGGUUUGGAAAUCUGCAGUAACACUUUUAAUUUAAAAAAGAGAAUGCAGACAAGGAAACUCUUGUACAUAAAUGUCUUUUUAACAGUCUUUCCCCCAAAAAUAAGUAAAAAUACAGCAAGGACAUAAAAUCUUUAAGAAAGAAAGUACCAGCUUGAAAUGCAGCAAAAAGACAUCGAUUCUCUACACAUGAAAGUAAAAGCAUCAUUCAGAGCUACAAAGUGUUAGUAUUCUAAUGUCUGAGACAAAUCUAAAAACACGGCAUGGUAGGUUAGAUAGCAGAAAAUUUGAGCUUCUCUACUUUCCCUAAAAUGAGAGAAAUUAAUGGGUCAGCUGCAGAUGGCUAAAUAUUUACACUGGAACCACAUGCUGUACAGAUGUCUACAAACAGCGCGACAUUUUUACAUCAUGACAAGGCCUCUUCUUGCUCCGAGCAUGCUCUCCUUCUUCUGCUUCCUGUCUUCCAUGUGUUUUGCUCUCCUGUCACCCCUAAAAUAAGGCACAAUUAUCCAUAAGAGACGAUGACGGAGAUGGUAAGAGAUGAUGUGAGACUAAAUUGUUACGGGAGGCGAAUCAAUAUCCUCCGGUAUGUGCUUUCAUUUUAGACGUACCUUGUCUGGACUUGGUGCUGUUUGAAGUUUUUCUGAUGCGAGCUGACACCGGCCAGCGGCUUCUUUCCUUCCGUGUUUUCUUUGGUCUCUCCAAACGGCUUCAGUUUUCCUAUAAAACAAUAAACCAUCACAAAUUCGUCCAUCUACUGCUGCUUGAUUUAGGAGAAGCAGAGGAAUCAAAAGGUGGCUUUGUACCUGUAUGAGGCUUGUAGGUGAGGGGACGAGACAGACUCGCCUUCAGAUCGAAGUUUGGCUUCUUUUGUGUUCCGGGGGUUGUGGAAGUACUUGUGUUGCCGGUGAAAACGAAUGGUCCUUUGGGAUUCGGGGGGGAAAAAAUAAAAACAUCAUUCCUCACUCUGUUAACAUCGGUGGGCAAAUGCAGAAAUCAUUCAAAAAUACAAAAGGUACCUGGAGUUUUUGUGACAAAGAGAGACGGGGUCUUGACAGUGUUGGGCUUUCCUCCAUCAGCAACCUGUUUCUGUGGGGUGCUCGAGGUCACACAGGGCGACAUGCGUGCUGGCGUCUUCACCAUAGACCUCUUGUACUCGUUGUCAUGAGUGGCCUCUGAGAACCUGCGUACGAAAACAUUUGGUUAUUGAAG